UUUUACUGGGGUUAAUAUACGCCCAUACUAUAUAAAUUCAACCUUUACAAUAAUCAGGCUACAAUUACUAAAGACGUUAAGGAAUCACCAUGGGCUCAUUCAAAGUUAUUUUGCUCAUAGCAGCAAUUGCCGUGUUGCUAUCAAUAGUCGCUGCUCAGUUCGGUGGUCGUUCUAACGGCUUCGGAGGAGGUUUCGGGGGACGACCAGGUUACGGUGGCGGCUUCGGCGGUCGCCCAGGCUUCGCAGGUGGUUUUGGAGGUCGACCAGGUUACGGAGGUGGUUUUAGAGGUCAACCAGGUUACGGAGGUGGUUUCGGCGGCCGACCAGGUUACGAAGGUGGUUUCGGCCAAAGAGGUUUCGGCCCAGGUUUUGGAUAAAUAUAAAUGACUAUGGCUUGAUUUGUAUUUUUAUGUAUUUGCAAUAAAAAUGAUUCUAAUCUAAA